AUGAAGUUCCUGACAAGUAUCCUGGCCACCUCCCUGGUUGCUACCACAGUUCUCGCUGCUCCCCUGACGGCUGAGCGACAGGCUCGCAAUGAAGCUCGUCGUGUUGCGCGCGAGAAUGGUCGAUCCAGUCACCCACCAUACAAGCCCGGCACCAAGGAGGUCCUCUCCCUGAACCAGAGCCUCCACGAACAGUACAGCUCGAACUGGGCAGGAGCCGUGCUCAUUGGAUCUGGCUACAAUGUCGUCACUGGCCAGUUCACUGUCCCGACUCCCAAGGCUCCCUAUGGGGCCUCCUCGAGCACCCAGUACUGCGCCUCCGCUUGGGUGGGUAUCGAUGGUGAUACCUGCGGCUCGGCUAUCUUGCAGACUGGAAUCGACUUUUGCAUCCAGGGUGGCUCGGUCUCCUACGACGCGUGGUAUGAGUGGUACCCCGACUAUGCCUACAACUUCAACGGCUUCAGUAUCGCUGCCGGGGAUGUGAUCAAGUUGACCGUGGAUGCCUCCUCCACUACCACCGGUACUGCCACCAUCGAGAAUCUGUCCACUGGCGAGUCCGUCACGCACACCUUCAACGGUGGAGUUGACGGCACUCUUUGCGAGACCAACGCCGAGUGGAUCGUUGAGGACUUUGAGUCCGGCAACUCCCUCGUUCCAUUUGCCAACUUUGGAACUGUCACCUUCUCCAAUGCCUACGCAACCGACAACGGCGUCAAUGUUGGCCCUUCCGGUGCUACUCUCAUUGAUAUCGAGCAAGGCAACAGCGUUCUCACUUCCAGCUCCAUCGGCUCUAACAGCGUGAAGGUCAGCUACGUCUAA